GUGGUGGCUGGCUGCAGGGGAACUUCCAGGCUCCAUCUGACCCCAUCGCUGCUGCAGCUGGGCUGGGCUAAUCCCUGGAGCAGGAGUGAUGAGCAAAACCUGCUGGCACUGAAGUUAUACCUUGAGAAAGAGUAACAGGGAGAGGGAGCGUGGUCUGGAAGUGGGGUGUGCCUGGUUUGUGCAGCAUCAAAUGCAAGACAGGCAGACUCAGCCCACAAGAGUUGAAAGUCGGCGUUUCUGGCUGUAACACAGCAGCUCGGCACUGGUUGCUAAAUGGCCUCAGGUAUGGAUGGGAAGAAAUGCAGUGUGUGGAUGUUUUUACCUCUUGUCUUUACCCUGUUUACAUCAGCUGGAUUAUGGAUAGUGUACUUUAUAGCAGUGGAAGACAACAAAAUUCUCCCACUAAGUGUACCAGAUAGGAAACCUGGUUCCAAAAGACCACCUUAUAUAAGUAUUGCAGGUGAUGCACCUCCUGCAAGCUGUGUGUUUAGUCAAGUCAUGAACAUGGCAGCAUUUCUAGCACUUGUUGUGGCUGUCCUGCGCUUCAUUCAGCUGAAGCCAAAGGUGCUCACCCCUUGGCUGAACAUCAGCGGCUUGGUGGCACUGUGCUUGGCCUCUUUUGGGAUGACCCUACUCGGCAACUUUCAGCUUUCCAAUGAUGAGGAGAUCCACAACGUGGGCACUUCGCUGACCUUUGGCUUCGGGACGUUGGCGUGCUGGAUCCAGUCUGCCCUUACCCUCAAGAUCAACCUGAAGAAUGAGGGGCGGAAAGCUGGGAUUCCACGAGUGGCUCUCUCAGCCAGCAUCACCCUCUGUGUGGUGCUCUAUUUCAUCCUUAUGGCCCAGGGCAUUCACAUGCAUGCUUCCAGGAUCCAGUGGGGCCUAGUGAUGUGCUUCCUGUGCUACUUUGGCACCUUUGCAGUGGAGUUCAGGCAUUAUAGAUUUGAGAUCAUUUGUUCUGAGUACCAGGAAAACUUUCUGAGCUUUUCUGAAAGCUUAUCAGAAGCCUCUGAGUACCAGACAGAUCAGGUGUAGCCUGUCCUCUGGCGGGGGGGGAAGGGGCAGGUGUGAUCUCAUGGGUGAAACAUGACCUCAUUUACACUUUUUUUAUGAGUUUGUUUUCAUGUGCAAUCAUAAUGGUAUUGCCAAAGGGCUCUGAGGGUGACUGUCUCACCAAGAACCAAACAAACAGAGGUAUCUGCUGGAAGAAGAGUGGAUCCAUCUCAGUGAGGGAGCACAAGCUGCUUAGUUUGUGCCACCAGUGGCUCUUUCUGAGCGGCUCUGUCACACUUCCGUUGUUCAAAAAAUUCAGCAGCCUGUCCUUGUGAUGCCCUGCUGAGACCAGUCCUGUUCAGCCCACCCUUCAGAGAAGGAAGUAGAGGAAGCAGACUUCUUCAAACAGCAAGAGUCUUCAGGAGUCACCGGCUCCCGAGUCACCAGACUGCAUCUUCUGUGUUUUUUGGGUUGUUUUCUUUGCUGCCAACUGGGGAAGCUUGGUAGGGAGAGCAAGAGCAGCUGUUUGUUUCUUCAGAACCUGGAAUCAGACACGGAAGACCCCAGUGGACUGGCUUUUAAAAAUGGCAAGAAGGCAGGCAUUUUUUCCAGCCUGGAAAGCAGCUGAUGGUAAAUCUGGGUUUUCUGUGAUCAGGAAGUGAGACUUAGCUGAUGCUGCCUUGUAUCCAGGCAGAUCAUCCCCAGGCCAGAGGGGGUGACGCAGUGGGAUGCUGUGCUUGGCUUCCUGAGGGGACUGGUGGGAGUGAGAUGCAGAAUUAAGAUGAGAAUGUCUGUGUGCUCUGAAGACAACCCAGAAAAGGCUGCUUUUUCCAUAUGUAGUGCUUCCACCACACAUUGUGUAUAGUAUUUCAGAAGAU